AUGCCCCUUUGGAACGGGCUCCGCCGCAGACUCUCCCUGCAGCAGCUCCUGCUGUACUUAGUCGACGAAGACUACACCUCCACUCGACAAAGAAGCUCCAGAGAAGAGUACAGAGACACAGACAACGAUCUUGAUAGCGAAUCGCUCAUGCGCAUGGGGUUGAUGCACAGCGCCAGCGCCGACCAGGGCCAGGAGACCGAAGUUCCCAGAGAGCCUGCAAUGCCUGUUUUGUGCAACGUUUUCGAUCCAGACGAGCCUGUGCCGCUGUAUGAGCUGUCGCAGGAGCAUCAUCGAAGCCGAAGCGAGAUCAGAGUACCAGAAAGUGAUAAUCUACGGCGAGAGCUUCGGGAGCCUCUUUCGUUGGAAUGUGCACCUCCAGAGCCCAUGGGGAUUCUGGAUCCGUCGCUAGCGCUGGUCAAUUCCAACACUUCGAGCGGCUCCACGCUUUCGAAUGGAGCUACGCUACUAUCGAAUGGGACACGGCUGAACCGUCGAGGCCGAGAGGCAAGAGAGUCUCGAGAACACAGCAGGGAGCCUCAGCCCCGGAAAAGAUCACUCAAGAAUUUGGGACUCAAGUUCCUCAACGCAAGACAGCACUUUUUGCUUGCUGUGUGUCGAGAUGUGCUGCUCGUGCCGUGUAUCAUGGGACUCUGUGACUCGUGGUGGAUAGUGUUCAUUUCGAGCGAGAAGUUUUCGGGGGAAUCGGCUGGAAUCACUACUGCUCGUGGCUCUGAGCACUUUCUCGAGGGUAUCUGGUGCAUUGUGGCUGGCUACUUGCUGUACUCGGUGUUGGACGGUCUUAUGGUCAGAUGGAUCGUCACUUACUCUAUUACUGGUGCUAUAGUGAGGAUGUUGCUGAUGUCGACGAUUCUCGUGGCCGUGGAGCAGUACUUGGUUUCAGCAUUUUCGGCUGAAGGGUACCAAUACGGUCUACACACGUGGAUCUUGAUUCUGUGUGCAUUAACGUUGCUUUACAUUGUGCAAAACUUUGUCACGUCGAACAUCGACUUGAAGGGCAAACGAAGGGCCCGUUUCUUUGAUUUCUACAAUAUUGUUGUUUUUGCAGUCGUGCCCGUUGGGUUGGCUUCUUUUAUCACCAUGAUUGGUCUACUACGUUCGCUUUUGAUUCUACGCCUUGAUAUCGAGGAGCAGCGAAGGUGA